GCGCGUACUGACAACAUUCUUCCACUCACAGAGAAAAUAACAAAACGCAACCUUCGCGUUUAGUAGUAGCUGUCAAUUUCUUAACUAAAAUAACCUCUCUUUACUUUGGCUCGAUUUCAAUUUCUCCAUUUUUAUGACAACAAAGUGCAUUCUUUUACUUUGUAUAAGUAAACAUGGCUCCAAAUAAAGCCAAGAAGACUCUAUGGGUUGACUGCGAGCGAUGCGGCUGCAGUAUAACAUCGAACGAUAAGAAUAUUCACGUCGAAUUAAAUUGUGGGAAAGAUCAAUUAAAAUGUCCUUAUGUUGACGAUAGAAAGUUAUUCACUUGGCUGCAGAGGACGGGGGUGGCGCCAGAGGGUGCUCCACGGGAUUCUGUGUUGGUUCAUCCGUCUGCCGGCACCCUGAUUGGUGCUGUGAUCGGAUGCCCGCUGCAAUUAACCAGGGAAGGUGCUCCUACCAUGGUGAAGCGAAUGUGGCCGUCUAAGGCAUCAGCGCCGGCCGCUGUAAUCUUACCUGCAGCUGAUUUGUCAUCAGCCUGGAGUAAUGACAACAUGAAGGUGUCCGUCUCAGUUAUACAAGAGGAGAUCCCAAAGGCAACUCAAGUCACCUUUAGACUUAAAAACCACAAAACAGAUUCAGACAUUGGUGAUAUCCUGAAACAAAAUUUUUAUAGUAAUUUUGUUUGUGUUGGUAGUAUCUUAGUAUAUUACUAUUUUGGUAAGAAGUUAGAAAUUGAGAUAUUUGAUGUAAAAUCAGAGAAAACUGAUUAUGAUGGCUGGUAUGUUUUAAGUGAAAAUACUAUUUGGAUAAUGGAGAAAGAAAUGGUUCAGAAAUUAAAGAAGAAGGCACAGGUGCUUGGUGGGGUGGAUGAUAUUCUGGAUGAAAUACAAACCUUUGUGAAAAUAUCUUUCAAUAUGGAUGGACUGACAGCAAGCUUUCAACCUACUCGUGGUCUUCUACUUUAUGGACAUUCAGGCAUUGGAAAGACGGCUAUCUGUAAAUACUUAAUUGAAAAUCUCAACUGUUUCCACAUAGAAAUCAAUGGCCCGGCUAUCUUCAGCAAAUAUUUUGGUGAAACUGAGGGCACUAUGAGGAGCUUGUUUGAGAAAGCCAUUCAGAACCAACCAAGCAUUAUAUUGGUUGAUGAGAUAGAAACUAUAUGUCCUAGGCGGUCUUCUGGCAGUACAGAACAAGAAAGAAGGAUCACUUCAGCAUUUGUGAACAUGCUGGACAAUUUACAUGCUGAAGAGAGCAGAGUGUUUGUGUUAGCAACAACAAGGAAACCUGAAAACAUUGAUCCAAUGUUGAGGAGGUUUGGUAGGCUUGACAAGGAAAUAGAAGUUCCUGUCCCAGACCGAAUGAGGAGGAAAGAAAUUGUUUACAGUUUACUGAAAAAUCUGCCAAACAAAAUAUCUGCACAGGACAUUGAGAACAUCUCAGAUUUAGCUCAUGGCUAUGUGGCUGCUGACCUGGUAAACCUGUGCACCCAAGCGACCAUGAAGUGUAUCAAGAGAUCAAGUAAAUAUAUUGAGAGUGAAGAUCUUAUUGCAGCUCUAACUAUAGUGAGACCUAGUGCUAUGAGGGAACUACUAAUAGAAAUACCCAAUGUGAGGUGGACAGACAUAGGUGGGCAAGACGACUUGAAGCUAAAGUUGCGUCAGGCCGUUGAAUGGCCUCUGAAACACGCAGAGAGCUUCCGAAGAUUAGGGAUAAGGCCUCCUGGCGGCGUUCUGCUAUAUGGUCCUCCAGGGUGCUCCAAAACUAUGAUAGCUAAAGCUUUGGCAACUGAAAGUGGUCUCAACUUUUUGUCAAUAAAAGGCCCAGAAUUAUUUUCAAAAUGGGUAGGAGAGUCUGAGAGAGCAGUUCGCGAUCUAUUUACGAAAGCACGACAAGUUGCACCUAGUAUUAUAUUUUUCGAUGAGAUGGACGCGAUAGGCGGGGAGAGGGGUGCAGGCGAAGCGGGAGUUCACGAGAGAGUCUUGGCUCAACUUCUGACAGAGUUAGAUGGAGUGGUGCCCUUAAAUUCUGUUACAAUUUUAGCUGCGACUAACCGCCCUGACCGAAUGGAUAGGGCACUACUGAGACCCGGUCGAUUAGACCGACUAAUUUACGUUCCUCUGCCAGAUUUCGAGACCAGAUUAAAGAUUAUUGAGUUGAAGUUAGGAAAAAUGAGUACCAGUGAUGAUGUGGACCACUAUAGUUUGGCGACGAGGACUGAAGGCUUCUCUGGAGCUGAGUUGCAAGCGUUGUGUCACGAAGCUGCGUUAAGCGCAUUGGAAAAAGAUCUGGACUGCCCAGAAGUGACUAUGGAGCAUUUUGAACAUGUCCUAAAAGAUUUCACACCAAGGACACCAGAAUCCUUGUUGAAGGUUUAUCAAGAAUUUGCUUUGGGACAGAAAUCGGGAUAAAAAGCCUUAAAUAUAGCCUAAGCAGUUGUAUA